CUGAGCGCGAGCCGAGGGCGCGGACUCUUCGGCUGCGCGGCGAGUCCCAGGUGGUGGGGGCGCGGCGCUAUGGAGGAGCUGGAUGGCGAGCCGACAGUCACUUUAAUUCCAGGUGUGAAUUCUAAGAAGAAGCAAAUGUGCUUCGAUUGGGGUCCAGGGGAGAUGCUGGUGUGGGAAACCUCUUUGAACCAUAAAGAAAAAUCAGAGGCGGUCCCAAGCUGUCCCUUUAUCUACGUCAUCCGCAAGGAUGUGGAUGUUCACUCUCAGAUCUUGAGAAAACUUUUCAAUGAAUCCCAUGGGAUCUUUGUGGGCCUGCAGAGACUUGAAGAAGAAUUUACAGGAAAAUCCAGAAAAGCCCAGUUGGUUCGAGUGAGUAAAAACUACCGAUCGGUCAUAAGAGCGUGUAUGGAGGAAAUGCAUCAGGUUGCAAUUGCUGCUAAAGAUCCCGCCAGUGGCCGCCAGUUCAGCAGCCAGGUCUCCAUCUUGUCCGCUAUGGAGCUUAUUUGGAACCUGUGUGAAAUCCUGUUCAUUGAAGUAGCCCCAGCUGGCCCACUCCUCCUGCACCUCCUGGACUGGGUCCGGCUGCACGUGUGUGAGGUGGACAGUUUGUCGGCAGAAGUUCUGGGCAGUGAGAAUCCGAGCAAACACAAGAGCUUCUGGAACUUGGUGACCAUCCUGGUGCUGCAGGGCCGGCUGGAUGAGGCCCGACAGAUGCUGUCCAAGGAAGCGGACGUCGCCCCCGCCUCUGCAGACAUGUGCCGCAUCCUGGGGGACCUAAUGAGGACCAUGCCCAUUCUCAGUCCUGGGAACAGCCAGACCCUGACCGAGCUGGAGCUGAAGUGGCAGCACUGGCAUGAGGAGUGCGAGCGGCACCUGCAGGAUGGCACAUUCGCUGCCAGUCCUCACCUGGAGUCUCUCUGCAAGAUCAUGCUGGGAGACGAAGCCGCCAUGCUGGAGCACAGGGAGCUGCUGAGUAACUGGUACCACUUCCUGGUGACGCGGCUCCUGUACUCGCAGCCCACAGUCAAGCCCAUUGAUCUGCACUUCUAUGCCCAGUCCAGCCUAGACCUGUUCCUGGGGAGCGAGAGCAGCCCGGAACCCCUGGACAACAUCCUGAUGGCAGCCUUCGAGUUUGACAUCCACCAGGUGAUCAAGGAGUGCAGCAUUGCCCUGAGCAACUGGUGGUUUGUGGCCCACUUGACAGACCUGCUGGAUCACUGCAGACUCCUCCAGUCGCAUAACCUCUACUUUGGUUCCAACAUGAGGGAAUUCCUCCUGCUGGAAUAUGCCUCAGGACUGUUUGCCCAUCACAGCCUGUGGCAGCUGGGGGUGGACUACUUCGACUACUGCCCUGAGUUGGGCCGAGUGUCCCUGGAGCUGCAUAUUGAGCGGAUCCCUCUCAACACAGAGCAGAAGGCCCUUAAGGUGCUGCGGAUCUGUGAACAGCGGCAGAUGACGGAGCAAGUUCGCAGCAUCUGUAAGAUCUUAGCCAUGAAAGCUGUUCGCAACAAUCGCCUGGGCUCGGCCCUGUCCUGGAGCAUCCGGGCCAAAGAUGCCGCCUUCGCCACUCUGGUGUCGGACAGGUUCCUCAGGGAUUACUGUGAGAGGGGCUGCUUUUCGGAUUUGGAUCUCAUCGACAACCUGGGGCCCGCCAUGAUGCUCAGUGAUCGGCUCACAUUCCUGGGAAAGUACCGUGAGUUCCACCGCUUAUACGGGGACAAGCGUUUCAUCGAUGCUGCUUCUCUGCUCCUGUCCCUGAUGACGUCUCAGAUUGCCCCCCGUUCUUUCUGGAUGACGCUGCUGACGGAUGCUCUGCCCCUUCUGGAGCAGAAACAGGUGAUUUUCUCAGUAGAGCAGACGUACGAGCUGAUGCGGUGUCUGGAGGACCUGACCUCAGGAAGGCGCACGUGUGGAGAGCCCAGCGCCCAGCAGCUCCAGGAUGACGACAUUGAGACCACCAAGGUGGAAAUGCUGAGACUUGCUCUGGCCCGAAACCUUGCUCGGGCCAUUCUGAGAGAAGGCUCCGUGGAAGGUUCCUGAGCUCUGCUCCAGUGCGGCAUCUCUGUAUGGCAGUGUAUAUAGACUUGUAAAAGAAUAAAAGUUCUCUUUAGCAAAUACAAGGCAGGUUCUUUCAGCUAGGAAAUUUUACCUGUCUCUUCUGAA